UGUGUACGCACACGCACGCUCUCAUUCUCGCUCUCUUUCAGACGCACGCAGUCACUCACUCCUUUCUCUUUUCAAAAGCCCCUUGUGAGGCAGAUUGACAGGCCAGAAUGAAAAUGAGGCGGACGCUCGCUCGCGACUUCAGUGCGGACGCGUCCUUUUGAGAAGCUGUGGCCUGGGACCGGACCAUCACCAUGGGAGCUGCGAGGGCUGCGAGGGACGUCUGUUUGUUUUUGCUCCUGUUAAAUAGUCGCCAAAGCGCAGCGCUUCCAGAGAUUCGAGCAGAUCCGUGCGCAGAGGGAAGCGAUGGCUGUCACAUUGAUGCUAUUUGUCAGACUACCCAAGGCUCGUACAAGUGCACGUGCAAAGCAGGCUUUAAAGGAGAUGGAAAGCACUGUGAAGAUAUUGACGAAUGUGACUUGGAGUACAACGGCGGUUGUGUGCACGAGUGCAACAACAUACCUGGCAACUAUCGCUGCACUUGUUAUGACGGCUUCAAUCUGGCACACGACGGACACAACUGUUUAGAUGUCGAUGAAUGCAAGUUCAACAAUGGCGGGUGCCAGCACACUUGUGUCAACACCAUGGGCAGCUAUGAGUGCCGCUGCAAGGAGGGCUUCUUCCUCAGUGACAACCAGCACACAUGCAUCCACCGCUCUGUGGAGGGCCUCAACUGUAUGAAUAAGGAGCACGGCUGUGCCCACAUCUGCAAGGAGACACACAGAGGGGGCGUGGCCUGUGAGUGUCGUCCGGGGUUUUUGCUGGCGAGGAACCAGAGAGGCUGCAUUCUGACCUGUAACCAUGGCAACGGAGGCUGCCAGCACACGUGUGAGGACACGGAGAGCGGCCCCAUAUGCAGAUGUCACGUCAGGUAUUCGCUGCAACCUGACAAGAGGUCGUGUUUAGAGCGAGAUGAAGCCACCGGCGAGUCUUCAGACCACAACGCCACGUCUUUCACCGAGGUGGACAAACGGGUCAAACGAAGACUGCUAAUGGAGACCUGUGCGGUGAACAAUGGGGGCUGUGAUUGCACCUGCAAAGACACAUCCACGGGCGUUCGCUGCAGCUGCCCCGUCGGCUUCACGCUGCAGCCGGAUGGAAAAACAUGCAAAGAUAUCGAUGAGUGUGAGCUCCACAACGGCGGCUGCGAGCACUUCUGCAGGAACACCAUCGGCAGCUUUGAGUGCAACUGCAGGAAAGGCUUCAAGCUGCUAACGGACGAACGUUCCUGCCAAGAUAUAGAUGAGUGUUUUUUCGAGCGCACAUGUGAUCACACGUGUGUGAACUCCCCUGGUGGUUUUCAGUGUCUGUGCAACAAAGGCUAUACCAUGUACGGACUGGCCCACUGCGGAGAUAUAAAUGAGUGCAGUGUGAACAAUGGCGGCUGUGAGCAGGGCUGUGAGAACACCAUGGGCGGAUUUGAAUGCUUUUGCCGCCCUGGCUUCAAGCUACACUGGAACAAAAAAGACUGCAUUGAGGCUGAGGGUUUACCACCAACAAAACCCCCCUCUAAGCCUACCUUGAACUGUAGUAAGCAGGAGGGAGGCGACCGCUGCUUUCUGACAUGCCAGUCUCAAGUUCACAUCAGCAGCGGGACGGAGGAUUCCUACACGGUGACCUGCGGAAUGCCUCUGCCCUGCUUGGCUGACGCACAAAAGAACAACAGUGGCUUGUACUGCUUAGGCAAGUACCCGACGUCAAGAGAUUCAUCUUUCCGCCCUGCCACACAAAACAGUCCAGAAGUGGCGCGCAUUAAGACCGUGGCCACCUUUAAGUCCGGCACAGCCAAGUGCAACUUAAAGCGGAGUCAGGAGAAAUUUGUGGAGAGCCUGAACUCGGCACACUCAGAUAGCAGGUUUCUCUUCACCGAAAACGUCCAGUUCAGCUACGUGAGCCUGCACUGCGCGUCAUCCGGACAGCGGACGCGCAGCCGCCAUGGUAGGAAAGCCGGAGAGGAGGACGGCUCCUCCAUCACGGCUGAGUUUGAGCUGGAUGUGAACCUAGAGGAGGUAACAGCAGAGAGCUGUGACCUGAGCUGUGUGCGCCGGCGUUCGGAAAAAAGGCUCAGGAAGACGAUCAGGACGCUGAGGAAGUCCAUCAACCGCGAGCAGUUCCACCUCCACUUCGCCGGGGCGGACUACGAGCUCUCCAAGAGUCUGGGACAGCCUGCGGAACUGCCAGGACACUGCGUGGCGGGACAGGUGCUCAUUGGAAGGAAAUGCGUGAGCUGCGGCGUUGGGACGUACUUCGAUGGCGAUCAAGGGCGAUGCGUGGUUUGUCCAGCCGGGACGUAUCAGGACGAGGAGGGACAGAUGUCUUGUGAAGUCUGUCCUGGACCUGAAGGACGAGACGUUUCAAAGGUGGUCGGAGCUCGAAACAUGUCAGAGUGUGGAGGUCAGUGUUCGCCCGGUCAGUACUCUCGCGACGGCUUCGUGCCCUGCCUCUUCUGUCCUCUGGGGACGUAUCAGCCGGAAGUGGGACGCACCUCCUGCUUCACCUGCGGAGGAAACCUGGUCACCAAGCACAGUGGGGCUGUGUCUUUCCAGGAGUGUGAGACCAAAGUCCAGUGCUCACCGGGACAUUACUACAACACCAGCACUCACCGCUGCAUUCGCUGUCCCACCGGCACGUACCAAGGAGAGUUUGGCCAGAACUAUUGCGUGGCCUGUCCUGGAAACACCACCACUGACUUUGACGGCUCCACCAGCAUAAUGCAGUGCAAAAAUCGUCAGUGUGGAGGAGAACUGGGAGACUUUACUGGCUACAUCGAGUCCCCCAACUACCCAGGGAACUAUCCAGCCAACAUUGAGUGCACCUGGACCAUCAACCCACCUCCUAAACGAAGGAUCCUCAUCGUUGUGCCUGAAAUCUACCUGCCUAUUGAGGACGAGUGUGGAGACUACUUAGUGAUGAGAAAAAGCUCUCUCUCCAACUCAGUGACGACCUACGAAACGUGCCAGACGUACGAACGUCCCAUCGCGUUCACCUCCCGCUCCAAGAGACUCUGGAUACAGUUCAGAUCCAAUGAGGGAAAUAGUGGGAAAGGCUUUCAGGUUCCUUAUGUGACAUAUGACGAGGACUACCAGGAACUGAUAGAAGACAUUGUCAGGGAUGGAAGAUUAUAUGCUUCAGAGAAUCACCAGGAAAUUCUCAAGGACAAGAAGCUCAUGAAGGCAUUGUUUGACGUGCUGGCUCACCCGCAGAACUUCUUUAACUACACGGCACAAGAAUCAAGAGAGAUGUUCCCCAAAUCCUUCAUCCGCUUCCUCCGCUCCAAAGUCCUGAGAUUCCUUCGUCCUUAAGAUGCAACACUAUCCUGUCGUCAGCUGUUUUCCUCACAGACGUCCACACAGGAGUGGAAAACAUCCUUGAUGAGACAUGAGUCUUGAGUGGACAGUGAACGAGUCAAGCAAUGGACGUUAUCUGGAGCUUUAAAGAGAAGAGUGCAAAAAAUCUGCACCAUCAUCUGAGAGAAAAUCAGCAACACUUCCUUCUGUUGGGAUUUUUUUUUUUUUUUUAUCAAUGACUUUAAACAUGCUUUUAGAUUGUAAAGUAAAUCCAAAGUGCUGGUCUGUGUGUUUGAAUAUUUCUAAAUACUGUACAUGCUGACAUGAUGGGACUUCUGCUGAUAGCUUCGGGAUUAAAAAAAGCAAACAUGGUAGCUAAACAGAUUUAUAUAUAUUGAAUGUCAGCAACACUGUAUAUAGAGUGUGUAUUUAGUUUUAACAUAGGCUACUUUUACAGGUAGAAUUGAAAUAUUGACAGAUACUGCUAAAUGUCUAAAACAAAUAAAGCACAAAUGAUAUGUUGGGAACAUUAGCACUGCUAAAGAAAUAGUCCCUCUUCAAAAGCAAUUAUUCUGAUGAAUGUUUUGUACAUGAUGUAAAAAGUUUUAGGUGAAUUGCUGAAAUAUUGUAGCAACUACAUACAUCUUGACAGUAUAGCAUUGCUUUAUUUGCUGCUAGUGUCAAUAUGUGACUUCCUGAAAAAGUUGAAAGUGGAUUUUACAUGAUGAUGAAACUGCUUUUAGAAAAAAAAUAACAGCAAAAUACAUUCACUGGCUUUGUGAACUAGUGACCAAAGACAACUGAUGACUCUGUAAAACUCUCAUGAAAAGAAAUGAGAGAAUUCCUGUAAAAUAGAUUUGAGCUUUUCACCUCUUUUAGAUGACAUGUGUAAGUAUAUUUUAUUUGUUUUGUACAUCUAAUAUACUGUAAAUAAAGAUAGGAAAGUUACCUUUGUCUAAAUAUAUAUUUUUUGUAGAGCAGUUCAGGUUACAUUUGAAUUGCAUUCACACAUGACCAAAUUAUCGCACAUAAAACGAUUUUAGUUGGG